AAUUUGUUAUAAUAAAAGAAAUUAUCGAAGGAAUCGUGCAAGUGCGAUGUCGAGCGAGAAAAUUAAACGAACUCGAGUACGGAAGGAACCAUAUAAAAGGUGGACGGAUUAUGAGCACAAACUGCUCAUUGAAUUCUUAAAUGAAAAUAAACCGAUAGAGAAGCCAACAGCACAAAUUUACUACACAAGAUUUGCCAAAAAAAAUCAAAUCGAAGUUGAUUGGGGGAAUAUACGCUGUAAGGUACGGAAUCUACGAGAUGUAUAUAAGAAGGCUCUAAACUUACCAAAUCCAACGGAAGAUGGACUUUGGCAAGACGAAAACACAAUUCAAGGUCAAAGACUUAAAAUAUGUCCCUUGUUUAACGAUUUAAGAGUAGUGUUUGGAAACUUAACAACUAGUCAGCAAAGGCCUGUUAAUACAACACUAAUAGAAAGAGACGAUGACACUAUAAUAUCGAUACAAAACUAUCAAUCAAAUGAAGACAUCUCUAUAAAUGUAAAAUUAGAAGACGACUAUCUGGAAAGCAUUUCUCCAUCGCCGUCACACAAUGCUAGCAAGCGAAUAUACUCCUACACGCCAUUGUCGGAAACAUUAGAUAUGCAAGCAAAUAUGAAUGAGCUUAGGGACAACAAUAUGUUAGAUUUAGAGGUACGUAGGAGGAAACAUAGUCUUACGGAACAACAGUUUGCUCUUGAGCAUGAAAGAUUUUUGCUGGAAAAGGAAAUUAAACAAAGGGAAAUAUAUUUAAAAGAGAAGGAGCUGGAGAGUAAGGAAAAAAUUCAAAUACUAGAGUUAGAAAUGAAAGAGAGAAUAGCAUUAAAAGAGAUUGAGUCUAAAGAAAAGUUAGCUUUAGAGGAAUUGAAUAUGCGUUAUGGAAAUUUAGAAACUAUAAAUUGAUUAUUAUGAAUAGUAUAUUAAUAUCAGAAACAAUAAUUUUAUUUUCUGUAUAAGUCGUCAUGUUGAACUAUGACAAGCUGAUAUUGUUAUGAUCCAUGCAUGGUCCUGAUAAACAGAAUCGUAUGCAUGUAUAAUUACAAUAUAAUUACAAUGCAAUACAUUAAAUGAUAUGAAAAGGGUUGUGCUAAUUUAUAUUUAAGUUAGGUUAGGUUAUGCCGGUGACCCCAAAGGAUCCACUCAGGCCUAUAGGCCCAUUUUAUUAUCGCAUAAUUAGAUAAUUUGUAUUUAAAGGAACAGAAAUAUAGGAAGAAAUCUUGCUAAAUAUAGAAAGAAAUAUGAAAUAUGAAAUCUAAUAGGCAGUAGGUGAACUAAAUUUGACAGCAACAUUUUAAACUUCAAAAGUUUUUCUUCCCCUUUUUUAAUUUUUUUUUCUUACACCAAUUUGGAAAUCUAAUCUGGUGCAAGCUUCUAAUCAAACCAAGUUCAAUU